GCGAAGAGUAAGCCGUCUGUAAUGCGCAGACCCGGACUCCUGCGAUUGUCUGCCUUCCUCACGAGUCACAUGGAAGCUGGAAAUCCCGAGUUGGGUGGGACUCCGCUUAAAGCUGCAGAUAGGUAGGUAGGUAGGUACCUCGGACAACAACCCUGGCCUAAAAUAUGGGCGAAGCCUUGAAAAGGGCAGCCCGGUUCAUUGAUCCUCGGUUUUCUAGGUACUUAAUGUGGUCAUCUGUUGGCAGAGCCAGGUGUCGCGUAAGGCAGCUCUCAGCUUAAAGGUUCUCGUUUUCUGAGAACUUCAACCCGGUGCUUCUAAACCUAUAAAGAGAGACCUUCCCCGCUAUACUAGGUCCCUUAACUGAAUCUUCAACAUCGGCGCUCUCUCAAAUGCUCCUCGAUUAGCAUACAACCAAGCCGGCCCGGUCGCACAACACACGCAGGCCGAACCCCGCAAUGGCCCCAGACAAGCUCCGGGUCAACGACCCCCGCGUCGAGAGCCGAACCGCCCAGCUCAACGGCCGGACCUACCACUACCUCCUCGGCAACCCCGCGGGGGCAACCCCGCCCGCGGCCACCGUCGUACUCCUCCACGGCUGGCCCGACCUCUCCUUCGGCUGGCGCUACCAGAUCCCGCACCUCCUCUCCCUCGGCCUCCGCGUCGCCGCCCCGGACCUGCUCGGCUAUGGCCGCACCGACGCCCCCGACCCCGUGGCCGCGUACUCGCUGCGCAGCGUGGCCGCCGACAUCGCCGCCCUGGCGCGCCACGAGGGAGGAGGGGCGGGAGGGGCGGACGACGUCGAAGCGCGGGUCUUCGUCGGCGGGCACGACUGGGGCGGCUUCCUGGCCUGGCGGGUCGCGCUGUGGCACCCGUCCCUCGUCCGCGGCGUCUUCAGCGUCUGCACGCCCUACGCCCCGCCCUCCCCGACCUGGGUCGACCUCCCGGCCCUGGCGGCCCGCCUCCCCCACUGGCGCUACCAGCUCCAGCUGGCCGGGCCCGAGGCCGAGGCCGCGCUGGUCGGGCGGGACCGCCUCCGCGCCUUCCUGGGCGGCAUGUUUGGCGCCCGCGGCGCCCGCGGCGAGGCCGUCUUCAGCACCUCGGUGGGCGUCCUGGUGGACAACCUCGACGCCGUCGCAGCCGGUGGCAGGCCUUGCCCGCUUCUGACGCCCGAGGAGCUCGACUUCUACGCCGACGAGUACGCGCGCUCCGGCGGCGGCAUGCGCGGCCCGCUCAACUGGUACCGCACGCGGCGGGCCAACUACGAGGAGGAGCUGGAGCUCGUCCGCGGGGGUCGCACGCGCGUCGCCGCCCCCGCGCUGAUGGUCGUCGCCCGGCGCGACGCCGCCCUGCCGCCUGCCAUGGCGGAGGGGAUGGGGGCGCACUUCGAUGGCGGGUUGGUCAGGGGGGAUGUGGAUGCGGGGCAUUGGGCGCUGUGGGAGGCUCCCGACCAGGUCAAUGCGUAUGUUGGCGAGUUCGUCGUCGGGGUUCUG